CAUACAUUUGUGAUAAAAUGCGUGAUUAACUCCCCUGGUUUCGUUUUCGCCAUUUGUAUGCAAGAGAUGCGUUGUCUUUCGAAGCGUUAUAUAUCAACAAGUAAGGGGAUAUUACACUUAAGAAGAAUGACAAGUGUUACAUUUUCUUCGGAGAAUGUAGCUGGAGACUGCCCUGGUACGUUAUACGGUGAUCCUUCUUCAACAUCUUUUGCGGUAAUAGUAUUACAGUCUUAGGGGUGAUAUCGAGUGCAUCACAUGACCUAAAAAUGGCGGAUGACGAAGCUGCCGUCAAAUUUCCUGCUGCACCGCAAAAAGAUACCAUGAGCCAUUUAGCAGAGGGUAGAAGAAGAUGUAGCUCUUGUUCCGGUGGAAUACAUGAUGAAACAAAAGUACUUACGGGAUAUGAAUCUCUUCAACAAGUCCAAGAGACUUUACCUUCACCAGAACGGCAUUGUCAUGAAAGUAAGACAAGGCCAGACAUAGAUAAACGAGCAAGACGAAAACUCCUCAUUGCCUGUGUCCUGUCAUUGACCUUCAUGAUAGCAGAGGUUAUAGGAGGAAUAUUUGCUCAUAGUUUAGCAAUAGUAUCAGAUGCUGCGCAUUUGCUAACAGAUCUUGCCAGUUUUCUGAUAAGCCUCCUGGCUUUAUAUCUAGCAUCUAGACGUGCCACAAAGAAGUUGAGCUUUGGCUGGUACCGAGCAGAGAUUCUAGGAGCAUUGGUGUCAAUACUGUUUCUGUGGGUGAUAACAGGUGUAUUGUGUUAUAUGGCUGUAGAAAGAGUGGUCAGCAUGGAUUUUGAAGUGAAUGCAACUGUCAUGUUGAUAACUGCUGCCUGCGGUGUGGCUUUCAAUUUACUAAUGGGUGACAGUCUAGCCACAGAAGUUAAAGGUCAUUCCCAUAAAGCCAAUAUAAAUGUGAAGGCAGCAUUUAUACAUGUACUUGGUGACCUCCUUCAGAGUGUUGGCGUCCUUGUGGCAGCAUUUAUUAUAUAUUUUAAGCCGAGCUGGAAGCUGGCAGAUCCUAUCUGUACUUUCGUGUUUUCUGUGAUAGUACUAGGGACAACGUUAACCAUUAUGAGGGAUAUUUUAGUAGUUCUUAUGGAAGGAACACCAAGAUCUGUGAAUUUUAAAGCUAUCUAUCGGAGUCUGAAAGAUAUUCCGGAAGUUAAAGAUAUACAUGACCUGAGAAUCUGGUCACUGUCCAUGGAUAAAGUGGCUUUGUCUGUCCACUUAGCAGUCAGUAGAACAACAAAUACCUUGGAAGUGUUGGAGCAAGCCUCCUGUAUGAUAAGGUACAAGUUUGGCAUCACAGAAACUACCAUACAGAUCGAGGAACAUGUUGCUGAUAUGCUUGAUUGUACACAUUGUAGAGAUUUACCAGACUAAAUUACCCCAGAAAAUAUGAGCCGUGCCAUGAGAAAACCAACAUAGUGGCUUUGCGACCAGCAUGGAUCCAGACCAGCCUAUGCAUCCAUGCAGUCUGGUCAGGAUCCAUGCUGUUCGCUAACAGUUUCUCUAAUUACUAUAGGCUUUGAAAGCGAACGGCAUGGAUCCUGACCAGACUGCGCGGAUGCGCAGGCUGGUCUGGAUCCAUACUGGUUGCAAAGCCACUAUGUUGGUUUUCCCAUGGCAUGGCUCAAAUAUACAUUUUGGAUAUUCAAUUGCAUUAUUCCACCAGAAAAAAAAAGAUUUCUACUCUUUGGAGAUUCAAAGAUAUGGUGUGUGUGUGAACUGGAGAUUUAUGGACGAAAUUCUACUAGAAAUGAACUGCGAACAUGCAAUGCAUCAUGCUGUCAUGACAUCCAAAUAUCCAAGUUGGAAAAAAUGUUAAAUAUUUCUAUGAGAUUUCUAGAUUUCUUUUACAUUCGAAUACAAUAAAGCAUAUUUUUUUUAUGUUGGUAUAUUAUGUGUUUAUAUGCAACUUUAUCUUUAUGGAAGUAUAUUUUGGAAAGAAUUUCUGAUUAUUUUAUAAUAAUAUUCUUUCACAUAUAUAUCUAUUUUAAUCUUGUCAAUGUACAGUACAUAAAAAGGAUUAUUGUUGUCAAAAUUCCCAGAUAGUUGUAUACAUCCAUUCAAUAAAACAUUUCAAGAGUUCUAUCACAGUAUACAUAUUCAGACUCUGCAGAUAGAUAUCAGUAUAUGAAAGCUGAGGAACUGCUGGUCAUUAUGUCUCCCACCUCACAGUGGUGUGGGAGACAUAUUUAUUUACUCCUCUGUGUGUGUGUGUCUGUCUGUCUGUCACAAAGCUUGUCCGCAUUCUUCAGUCAAACAUUUCUCAUCUGAUCUUCACCAAACUUGAACAAAAUGUGUUUGCCAAUAAGUCCUCGGCCAAGUUAGAUAACUAGCCAAAUCGGCACAGACACUUCAGAAUUAUGACCCUUAAAACUUGUUUUUUGAUAAUGAAAGCACUCAAAGUCUGAUAAGGCAGUUGAGGUCUUGGUUCAUGGUUGACUCAUGUACUACUAUUCAGAUGAUUAGAAUGUUGUGGGAGACAUGCGCUUUUCUCAAAAGCAGCUCUGGUUUUAAAGUUGAAUUCUGUUUAAAAACAAAAUUUACUGAUAGUGUUGAAAUUAAAAUAGGGCUCUUUGCAGGUGUUAAACGUUUUAAAAAAUUCAAAAAUCAGUCUCGAUUAGAUUUAGAAUGAACUAAGUAACGAGACUUUUGUAAACAUAAAAAUCAAGUACAAAGUCUACCAAAAAAAUGCUAGACAGUAUUUAUACAUGUUGAAAUACUCGUCUUUGGAGUGUGUAAAAAACAGCACUAAUGAUGGAAGGUAAAAUAAGUCAGCAUUAGUACAGUACAGUAUAUUUUUAGGGUGUCUGGUAGACUAGCCACUAGACUGAUAAUAAUAUCUUUCUACAUUUUUCCUUUUUUGACGAAUUUAAUUUUAUAGAGACAAAAGCCAGUCUAUUUUAGAGAUUUUCGCAGAGGAAUGAUGUUGAAAUUAUGAUAUUGGACAUGGCUCAGUUCACUACAUUUAAUCAUAAAAAUGUAAAAAAAGAUAUAUCAUAGUCUAGGAGCUAGUCUAGGUGUCUGGCUACGAUCAAUAUUUUUCUGGACUUCAGAUAUGAUCAGUAUUAACAUUUGACAGAUAUAUGCAGCAUCAAAGUAAACUGCAUUUUAUAGAUUAUUGUUUUUUUAGCUCGACUAUUCAUAGAAAAGCAGAGCUAUUGGACUCGCCCAUGUGUCCGCGUCCCGAUUUGGUUAAGUUUUUGUAUGUAAGCUGGUAUCUCAGCAACCACUUGUGGGAAUGGAUUGAAACUUCACACACUUAUUCACUGUGAUAAACUGACUUACAUUGCACAGGUUCCAUAACUCUGUUUUGCUAUUUUACAAAAUUAUGCCCCUUUUUUGACUUAGAAAUUUUUGGUUAAGGUUUUGUAUGUAAGCUGGUAUCUCAGUAACCACUUGUGGGAAUGGAUUGAAACUUCACACACUUAUUUACUGUGAUAAACUGACUUACAUUGCACAGGUUCCAUAACUCUAUUUUGCUUUUUUACAAAAUUGUGCCCCUUUUUCGACUUAGAAUUUUUGAUUAAGUUUUUGUAUGUAAGCUGGUAUCUCAGUAUCCACUAAUGGGAAAGGAUUGAAACUUCACACACUAGUUCACUGUCAUGAUAUGACAUGCAGUGCAAAGGGUCAAUAACUCAACUUCGCAUUUUACAAAAUUAUGCCCCUUUUUCAACUUUGGAGAUUUGGGUAAAAUUCUUAUAUGUAAGCUGGUAUCUCAGUACCCACUAAUGAGAAUGGAUUGAAACUUCAUACACUUUUCCACUGUCAUGAGCUGAUAAGCAGUAUGCAGGUUCCAUAACCCUAUUUUACUUUUUUACUAAAUUAUGUUCCUUUUUCGACUUUCAUAUUCAUCCAAGCGACAAGGCUGUUGAAUAGUCGAGCGUUGCUGUCCUCCGACAGCUCUUGUUUUAUAAAACAAUUUUGAUAAUAUGUUUGUCUUUCAGUUUUGAAUUGACAUGUAUUUAUUUUUGUAAUAUAUGUAUGCAUCAUAAAGCUCAACUUAAAAGUCAGCUCUGAUAAUUUUUAGUUGAUUGUAAAGUACUUCUUUUAAUGUGAAAUAGUUUUGUGUAUGUUCUAUUUCUGUAUCUUUUUUGUGGGUGGUAAGUUUCCAGUCAGGGAAGUUCAAAUCCUGAGCAAUUCUCUAUGAUGUUUUACCAAAGAUAUUGUAGUUAAGGUAAUUCUCCACCUCUGGUUGGUGUAGUUAAGGUAAUUCUCCACCUCUGGUUCAUGUGGGGAAGUUGUCAUUUACUUUAAGCAGUUUGCUGAUGGUAAGUAAUCCAGAAACACUUGAUCAGGUCAGCUGACUACUGCUCACAAGUUUACUGAAAUACUGUUAAAACAUCGCAUUUAGCCCACCAAUAAGAAGCCACUGAUGUGAAAAACAGGCAAUACUAGUGAUAUUUACUGCAGCUUGUGAUUGUCAGUUUUACCACAAUUGUCAAAGGUUGAAUUAGGUUGUAUAGAAACUGUCCUUAUUUGUCUGCAUUCUAUUAUAUCUUGUCACUGGUGCAAUAACUUCAGAUGUUUUGAAAAAUAAAAGCUAUCAUACUGUUUCACUUA